AUGAAUUCCCUCUCAAGAUUUCAUGUCUUUCCUAGACUCCCAAAUGAAGUCAAGGAGUACAUUUGGCAAGAUUUCAUUCUCGAUGCCAACCAGGACCGCCUUGUUGUUCUUAGCCAACCAAGCGAGGAAAUCAUGCCUACUCGUUUUCUGUCGUCUUCGCCUUUUUGUAUCAAUCGCCAAAGCCGUACCGUUUUCAAGCGUCUCUAUCCUGUGAAACGACCAGUAUUCCGUACUUAUGAACAUGCUACAUUUGCAGACGACAUAGAUCCGGCCACCGACACAGAAAGUGACUCUAGCUUUACAUCCCAUUUGACCGGGAUAACGGAUAUGGAGAACACUGAACUAUGUGGAGAUCUCUAUCUUAGCCUAGAGCGUGACCUCUUUCUCGUCGUGGGUUACUCUCGAACUUGGUGCGAUGUACAUAAUCAUACCGAUUACAGAGGAAGCAGCGCGCCUUACUGCAUGUCUCCCCCGUUGGAGCUCUCUCAAUCGAGACAAUUGAAGCACCUCAUGGAAAUUGUACGGGUUCACCGAUGGGAGAUAGCAUAUGAUCCCACUGUAAUUCGCCAUCUAGGAAGGCGCAAUAACCACAGAUACGGCGCAUGGAGAUUUGAGGAGGUUCAAACCUGUCAACACAUAUACUGGAACCACUUAACCGAUCCAAAUGAUCUAAUGAGCGAAGUCAUCCUUCUUCCCGGGUCUGAAUUGUUGGAGAAAUGGGAGGCCCAAACUAUCUUCUACGAUAAGAAAAUGCUAUGUAACCAACGCAAAUUCUAA